CCCGCCCUCGCCGCUGCCAUGGCGGCAGCUCUGCCGCUCUCCAAGGCUGAGUAUUUGAAGCGUUACUUGUCGGGGGCAGAAGUCGGCGUCGAUGGAGGCUCCGAGUCCAGUCGCAAGCGGCGCAAAAAGCGGCCGAAGCCGGGCGGCGCGGGCGGCAAGGGAAUGCGGAUUGUUGAUGACGAUGUGAGCUGGGCAGCUAUCUCUACCACUAAGCCGGAGAAGGAGGAGGAAGAGGAUGGAGAUUUGCCUGUGGUGGCUGAGUUUGUGGAUGAGCGUCCAGAAGAAGUAAAGCAGAUGGAGGCCUUUCGCUCUAGUGCCAAAUGGAAGCUUCUGGGAGGCCACAGGGAAGACCUACCCUCAGAUGGACAUUUCCAUCAUGAUGACCAAGAUCCAUCCCCUCCCAGGAGGGUCCGUCGUGAUACCCCAGAUCCAUCCCCUCCCAGGAGGGUCCGUCGUGAUACCCCAGAUCCAUCCCCUCUCAGGAGAGUCCGUCAUGAUACCCCAGAUCCAUCCCCUCCCAGGAGGGUCCGUCAUGAUACACCAGAUGCAUCCCCUCCCAGGAGGGUCCGUCAUGAUACCCCAGAUCCAUCCCCUCCCAGGAGGGUCUGUCGUGAUAUACCAGAUGCAUCCCCUCCCAGGAGGGUCCGUCAUGAUACCCCAGAUCCAUCCCCUCCUGGGAGGGUCUGUCGUGAUACCCCAGAUGCAUCUCCUCCCAGGAGGGUCUGUCAUGAUACUCCAGAUGCAUCUCCUCCCAAGAGGGUCCGUCAUGAUACCCCAGAUCUGUCUCCCCCAAGGAGGGGGCAUCAGGUCUUAGAUGCUUCUCCUCCUAGGAAGUCUCAUCGUAAUUCUUCAGGUGUAUCUCCUAGGAGAGUACAUCGUGGUUCCUCAGGCAUCUCUUCCCCCAGAAGGGCCAAUAACCACUCUCCUGACACAGCCCAACAUAGGAGGACCCUGAACUCUUCAGACUCACAGCAUCUUAAACGGGCCCAUCAUGAUGCCCCUGAUUUAGCACUGCCCAGAACCAAAAUUAGUAAAGCCCCAGAAAGAUCAUCCUGGAAGACUUUGCAUCAGAAGGAGCUGGGACCCUCUCACCCCCCGUUCUCAAAAACCAGCAGGCAUGAGCGUGACUCAGACCUUUCUCCGCCACGUAAAAGGCAAGCUAAACCCCAUGUUGGAGCUAAGAAGCAGCUUGAUUCUCAAGGUGUCUGCCAAAAAACCUCUGAUUCAGAUCUUUCUCCUCCAUGGCAAAAAUCAAAUCGAGGGCACCAGGAUUCUGAUUCAGAUCUGUCGCCACCAAGGAAUAGACAGAGACCCCAGAACUCUGACUCUGACCUCUCUCCACCACGAAGAAGGCAGAGGACCAAGUCUUCUGAUUCUGAUCUCUCUCCACCUCGAAGGAAUCCACCUGCCGGGAAGAAGGCUUUGCACAUGUAUUCUGGAGCUAAAACUGGGUUGGUGACUGACAUUCAGCAAGAGCAGCAGGAGCUCAAGAAACAGGACCAAGACACCAUGGCCCUUGGAGCUCAGUUUCAAUUUGCUGAAACUGUCUAUCGAGACAAGUCUGGUCGUAAGAGGAAUUUGAAAUUGGAGCGUCUGGAACAAAGGAGAAAAGCAGAGAAGGACUCAGAGCGAGAUGAACUCUAUGCCCAGUGGGGGAAAGGGCUUGCCCAGAGUCGGCAACAGCAACAGAACAUAGAGGAUGCGAUGAAAGAGAUGCAGAAACCACUGGCCCGCUACAUCGAUGAUGAAGAUCUGGAUCGGAUGCUGAGGGAGCAGGAAAGAGAGGGGGACCCCAUGGCUAACUUCAUUAAGAAGAGUAAGGCCAAGGAGAGCAAGAAUAAGAAAGUGAGGCCUCGCUACAACGGCCCGGCACCUCCUCCCAACAGAUUCAACAUCUGGCCUGGAUAUCGCUGGGAUGGAGUGGACAGAUCCAAUGGAUUUGAACAGAAGCGCUUUGCCAGGCUCGCCAGCAAGAAAGCGGUGGAGGAGCUUGCCUACAAGUGGAGUGUUGAGGACAUGUGACUUCUCCGAGUUUGCAUUGCACUGUGGGUAGCAGUAGUGGCACAGGACAGCUGGACAUCCAGCUCCAGUGGUUGCUUCACCAACAGACAGACCAGCAGCUUACUGUCUGUUCUGCCUUCAGACCAGGCACCUAACUGUGGCUGUGCCACACUGCCUGUGGUGGCUUCAGUAGAAAGCAGUACCUGCCAUAUCCAGGGUUUGUUCUUGGCUGGCGCUUUCCUUUUUUUUUUUUUUUUUUUUAAAUAAAUGUAUUUAUUUUUUGUAAUCGUUUUCUAACUGGGUAUUCUGUUUUGUUGGGGAAUAAUUUCAGCUAAUAUUGAAUGUCUGGAGGUCUUGGGAGUCAUGAAUGGUUGGAUUUUUUAUUUAAUUUAGCAAACUGUUCGAGCACAGUCUUUGUAAGUGAUACUGUUUCUUCUGAGAAAACCAGAGUUAGCAUUAAACUAGAUUCAGGAAUGUUGGAGACAUGGUAUGUGAUAAUGGUGGUGUCACACAUUAGGGGAAGAUGUGGAUCUGGGGUUCAGACAAUAAAAAUAAAGUGGGGUCCCUCACACACCAUGCAAAACAAUCCUAGAGUGAUGAAGGACUUAAAUGAAGUUUGUCUCAGUGAAGCGAACAGGGGCCUGGGGUUGAGCUUAUGUGAGAGCCCUGGGUUGGUGAUCCCCAGCAAAAAAUAGUAAUAAUAAAAUCUAGUAGGAACAAGUGAUGAAUUGUACCUUAGUGUGAAAAUGGAUUUUAAAAAAUAUUUUUUAUUAUUUUUAUGUGUAUAUUACCUUCAUGCAUGUAAAUGCACCUGUGUCAUGCA